AAUAUUUUAAAAUUACAAUAGCCAAGAUUCACCUCUCACAAUUCCUUUUAAAGAAUGUCACAAAACUAAACAAAUUCAAGUAAUAAUGCUGCUACCCUUAAAGACUUUUGAGCCCGAGCAACCCGCCAGUUUCAACACUUACACGCUGAAGCGCCAGAUAGCGAAGCAUGGAACGAAAACACAAGAGAUGCUGUUUCAAGCGUUCCGAUUCAAUUUGCAGGAUGAGAGAAAUGCGCACGAUGUCGAAGUCCAUCUCGAGUCCAAGCGCCGAUAUUCGCAGCCAACCCACUGACUCGGGCAACUCCAUGCCAGCCGCCGGCAAAGCCUCGUCCAGCUCCGUUUCCCAGAUGACCAAAAGUGGCCCCAAGAAACGCUUCUUGUCGUUUCUCUGGCGGGGCAAGGAGUCCAAGGAGCUGCGCAAGCAGCGCAUGUCCCUUAAGCAGGCCAAAGCUAGGGGCCUUAAGCCCGAUCUCAUCAUACCACUGAAGGAGCAGGAUAUUCGCAAGCUCAUCCGACUCUACUGCAAGCACGACAAUCUGUACAAUCCGAAGAACUCGUACUACGGCAACAAGGAGAUCGACGAGGACUGCUACAUCGACAUGACACGCUCCUUUCCCGGCCACACCAGCGACGAGCUGCGCGGCUACCUGGAGGAGCUGAAGAACCUCUUCGAGCGGGAGUACACCAUCAUCGAGAGCGCCUGCCGCAACUACGGCGAGAUCAUGACCCCGUCCAUCCAGUACUACAACGAGUUCCUCUUUCUGGUGCCCUAUUUGUGCAUCAACUUUGACAAGAAUCGGCCACGCAGCUCCAGCGACCCGGCGCUGGCCAAGCACUCCAGAUCCGCCUCCAGCACGAUGUCGCAGAAGAAACCCUCCACGACGGAGUUGAAGAAUACGCUGGCCACCAACGAGAUGCUGCGCAACAAGCUGGCCAAUCUGGCGGCCUGUGGCAUCUCCCCUUGUGCAUGCUUUGGCAAGAGUAGGAAGCGAGACCCCGAAGAGAAACCCAGCGCAAACGAAAUCAAGAAGGAGAAGAAGCCAAAGGAGCAGCAGGAGGAAAGUAAAGAAAAUAAUGAGCCGCUUGCUCAUGAGGCGGAGUCGCAGGUGGAUGCGGAUGGGCAUAUUACCUUCUCUCCCUCCGCACACAAACGGAAGGCACCGAGCCAGUCCCAGAAGGUGCCCGAAUCCAGACUGUCCAUUGAAUCUUCAUUCUACUCCACCGAAAAGGAAAAGGAGGUGACAGACCUGGGUCGAAACUCGCACACAGUCGAAAGGGCCCCGCCAGAGGAAGAAUUCCGGCAGGAGCGGAGACCUAGUGGCCCAGGGAUUUGUCCACGUGAACUGCCAUGCCCUGCGGCUGCACCUGUGGCCCAGAAGAUGAGCCCAUCCGCUGCUGAGAUGCCGGGUGGGAAUGCCCAACAGGUACAGAUGCUCUGCGACAUGAUUCGAACAGAACUGACCUCAGCGCCGGACUUUAUUUACUUCGAUGCCAAGUGGCGGAUCAUCGAGAUACUGCGUGAGGUGCAUAAACGCCAGCUGGUCCACCUGAAGGGCACUCCGAUCUGCAAUGGGCAACGCUGUCCGCCUGCACCGCCACUCAAGAAGUUUCCGCCCAGCCAGAAUUCCUCGCGAAGAGGUUUGCCGGUGCCGGGACAAAAGGUCGGAGCAGCACGCGCCUGCGACUGUCAGUUCUGCCGUCGGCCCACGAACUGAAUCGAGCAAUCCAUCUCACUCGGCGCUAUCAGCAAGAACCCUGACCCACUUACGGCAGAUAAGCGUCUGGCUGGGCAGCUUCCUUGUUUUCUCCCAAGCGAGCGAGCGGCAGAUACAAAAUCGCUCGAGAUGGAAGUGGAGGCAUUUCUGAACAGUUCCAAGCUGCUGCAGCACUGGCCAAGCUGCCUGGUUGGUGUGCUCCUCGUUUUAUUCAUUAAAUACAUCGUCCGCAAGCGCAAGGAUAGCUCCAAGCAAGAUGUAACUGUCAGGGAUGAGGAUAUAGCAACCGAGUUCGAAGAGGUAGCUGACGGCGACCUGCAGCCCGCUCUGGAGGAGAAGCCGCAUGUGCAGUUCGUUCCUGGCCAGACCCUCAAUCCCAAUGGCGCCCAGCGCUUCUAUGAGCUGGUGUGUGGACGGCGUAGCAUCCGCUCGUUCAGUGCCUUGCCGAAGCCCAGCCUCAGCGUCAUUGAGGAGUGCAUAAGGGCGGCAGGAACUGCUCCGAGUGGAGCGCACACAGAGCCCUGGACGUUUUGUGUCGUGGAGGAGGCCAGAGUCAAGCAAUCCGUGCGCUGGAUUGUGGAGCACGAGGAGCAGAUCAAUUACAACAAGCGCAUGCAUCCCCAGUGGGUCACGGAUUUGCGACCGCUCCAAACAAGCCAUGUGAAGCCGUAUCUCAUGGAUGCGCCCUAUCUGAUCCUGAUUUUUAAGCAGACCUACGGCACCACCAAGGAGGGACGAAGGAAAACCCACUAUUACAAUGAAAUCUCCACGUCCAUUUCUGCCGGAAUCCUGCUGUGCGCCCUGCAGGCAGCGGGUCUAUCAUCGCUGGUCACAACUCCCCUGAACUGUGGCCCUGCUUUGAGGGAGCUGCUCCAGCGACCGGAGAACGAGAAACUGCUGAUUCUCCUGGCUGUGGGCUAUCCGUCGGACGACUGCAAGGUGCCCGACUUGGAGCGCAAACGUCUGGACGAGAUCAUGGUUAAAUAUUAACAUUUACAUUCCAAAUAAAUUACUAAAUGUG